AUGCCCGGCACGGUUGAAGAGCAAAGAAAUGUAUCGGGAUCAAGAAGCUCGAUCAUGGAGCCUCUCAGCCAUGAGAAUGAAGAUUUCGACGACGCAAAUGACGCCUCGGUUGCUUAUAGCUACCCAGAGGGAGGAUCUAGAGCAUGGAUCGUUGUCGGCGGUGCAUGUAUGACUCUAGCAUGUACAUUCGGAAUGAUGAGUACAGUGGGAGUGUUGCAAACCUACUGGGAGAAAAAUCAAUUAAAAGGAUAUUCAUCUACGACAGUCGGGUGGAUUCCAUCAUUGUUUGUCUUUUUCAACCUGAUGCUUGGUGUUCAAGUUGGCCCAUUAUUCGAUCGCUACGGCCCUCGAUUGAUGAUGCUGAUUGGCUCUAUCUCAUAUACUCUGUCCAUGUUUUUAUUGGGUAGUUGCACCGAGUAUUACCAAUUUAUGCUGUGUUUCAGUAUCCUGGGUGGAAUGAGCAGUGCGUUUAUCUCAACGCCGACAAUGGCGUCUCUUUCGCACUGGUUUCAUCGGCGGAGGGGUACCGCGACUGGUAUCGCUAUGGCCGGAUCUAGUGUUGGCGGAACGGCAUUUCCCAUUAUUCUCAAAUUUUCAUUAGAGAAACUUGGCUGGGGAUGGUCGCUCAGGUUGAUGGGAUUUAUCUUUUUGUCUCUACUUACUAUUGGCAACCUUUGCAUAAAAGGGAGAUUGCCAACUGCUUCACAGAAAACCACUUUUGAUUUCAAGUGCUUUAACGAUGCGAGAUUUCUUUGGAUUACUAUUGGCGCUUUCUUUACCGAAAUUGUUCUGUUCGCAUCGCUAGGCUUGAUUCCGUCAUAUGCCCUUGCUCAAGGAUUUGGAUCGCAAACCGGCUUCUACUGUCUUGCGAUUUUCAACGUCGGGUCCGGGUUCGGUCGUUGGCUAUCUGGCCUGGGGUCAGAUCAUUACGGUCGAUUCAAUACCCUUUCAGUCGUGAUGACCGUUACCACUAUAUUCAUCUUCAUACUAUGGUAUCCAUUCGGUCGCUACAUUGGAGUAUUUUAUCCAUUUGUAGCUACUCUCGGAUUCGGUACUGGGACAAUUCUCAGUCUCACCCCCGUUUGUGUUGGGCAGAUAUGCAAGACGGAUGACUUUGGGCAAUGGUACGGAACAUGCUACUUUAUUGCAAGUUUUGGGACUCUUGUUGGCAUUCCCGUUGGUGCACAGUUACUUGAAGUAGCGGGUCCAUCACGAUUGGUGGCCUGCCUUGGCGGGUUCCUCGGCCUCGCCGUCCUUUCAUUUGCCAUGGCACGAUGGUCAUCUUUGGACUAUCAUUGGAAAUGGGUUAUCAAAGUAUGA